AUGGCGGCACAGUGGUGGCUUAAGCCGAGGGGGCAAAUGAGCAGUCUUCUGUCGCACAGGAGAAGGCGGCGGCGCGGAUGCAACAACGGUUCACCCAGAAUAGCACAGUCAUGGCGCUCCUUCUGGCACACAAUGACCUCGGACGACCGACACGCCUCUCACGAUUCUCCCUAUCGCACCGGCCGCCACAUUCCCCUGCCACAGAGUCGCCAUACCCCACUCACCUCCAUCGCCACCAGCGGCGCCGAGUCGCGGGUAGACCUCUCCUCCCCCUAUGCACAGGAAGAUCCGGCCGCAAGCAAUGGCUUCAUCGGCUCCCCCAAAGGUCCCAUGUCACCUCACUCGCCCUACUCCCCAGGAUUGCGGUCGUCGCUGAGCCGCCAAAACACCACCGAUUCGGAAACAUUCGACAAGGGCCCCAAUGGCGAGAUCCAAAUGCAGAACUUCAGUGAUGGUCUCCCUCCACCACCGCCCGUCGCACACUCGUGGAAGCGCAUUGAUCGGUGGGUCGAGGACCACUACGAGGAGCUCUUCGACAACCUCUGUGAGGGCGCCACACAAAACGACGUCAACGAGCUCGAGCACGAGCUGGAUGCCACACUUCCCAUGGAUGUCCGCGAAUCACUCCAGAUGCAUGACGGUCAAGAGCGCGGAGGUCUGCCAACCGGCAUAAUCUUCGGUUGCAUGCUGCUCGAUUGUGAGGAGAUCGUCAUGGAAUGGCAGAACUGGCGGAAGGUUGCCGAGGAGUACCUAACACAGAAACCAACCUUCACCACACCACAGAUCCCGUCCAAAGCAUUUGCUGGUGCAUCAUCUUCAGCUGUACCUGUCGCACAUCCCCAGCAGUCAGGCAACCCCCUCUGGCGUCAAGAAUUACUCGCCCGACAAGACUCUCAACCACCAAAUGCAGUCCAAAAAGCCUACGCUCACCCAGCCUGGAUCCCUCUUGCCCGCGACUGGGGAGGUAACUACCUCGCCACCGACCUGGCUCCUGGUCCAACCGGCCAGUGGGGUCAGAUCAUCAUCUUUGGCCGCGACUAUGACUGCAAAUAUGUUGUUGCACGCUCCUGGGCUUCUUUGCUUGCUAUGGUUGCAGACGACAUGGGCUCUGACAAGGUCUCAAUUGACGAAGAUAGCGGCGAGCUCAAGCUUCUAGAAUUCAAAAAGCGACAGAACGUCGAACCUCCAUAUCUCGAGAUUCUUCGCUGGCGAUGCGAUCAGAAGUACGGACGUAAGCCCCGGAGGCGGCCGCAGAGCGGUCUUAGGGUCAACUCGAAUGUCCCCAGAGCCCCAUCAAGCAGUGCGGGCAGCAGCCCUUACGGCAGCCCCGUAACUGGACCCGAAGAGCGCGGCCGUAGUCCCCAUCGUCUGUCUCAGAAGCCAAAAGGUGUGAGCCCCCGAGGCCACAUCUCAAGCCCCCUUGCCAGAGUUGCCGAAGAAGUUCCCCAGCCUAUCCGCGUGCAUACCGAUCUCGACUCCAAAGCCGGCGCACCAAUCGAAAAAUUAAUUUCCGUCGACACUCCACGGCCGAGCGAGGAUGGACUGCCUGUGCGGAGUAGCUUUGGCAGCGACAAGGAAAACAAAGAGAAGAUGAAGCCACUGUCGCUGAAGAGUCCAAUUGCAGCGUCUGAGCUCAAGACCGUCGAAAUAUAA